CUUUCAUUUUUCUUCUCGCCAUCGAAAAAUCCCCAAUAGAAGUGGUAGAAUGACGAUGGCGAUGGCGGCAAGAUCUUCAGUGAGAGUGGCUCUGGCCAGCGGAAGAUCAAUAGCAACUCGGAGGGUGCCAGCAGCCUGUCCAGCGGCUGUGCCUGCCCGCGGUUUCUUCUCGCUGCCGGAUCUGGGUAAGUUUUCGCCCUUUUCCUCGCCGUCCUCUUCCUCGUCUUCGACAGCGGCCCCGACGACCGCCACGACCUCUCUGUCUUCCGACGCCCAAACCUCAAAGGACUUUGAGAUACACACGGAAAAAGUGACGCUGCCGUAUCCUCGCCAACUGCUCUUCAACAUCGUGCAGGACGUGGACCGGUACCAGGAAUUCGUGCCCUACUGCCUUGAGUCGAGCGUGAGGAGCGGCGAGGAGGAGCCCGAGUCAGCCAUGGACGGCAACACGGGCGCCGAAGCACGCUCAGUUCUUGCAGAUCUCACUGUGGGCUAUAAGACUGUCCAGGAGACCUACACCAGCCGCGUGGAUAUUGUUCAGGAUCAAUUAGUCAGGGCAACGGCACUGCCGCAUCCCCUGUUCAGACACCUCGAGACCGUCUGGGCGUUCACCUCGCCUUCGCCAGACUCGCGCGAGUGCCAGGUCGAGUUUUCGCUCGCCUACGCCUUCUCGUCUCCCGUCUACGGCGCGCUGGCAAAGGCAGUGAUGCAGAGAAUGGCGACGGAGAUGGUAAGUGCGUUCGAGAAACGCGCUGCCCAGCUCUCAGGAUGAGCUUUUUGUCACAUACAUGGGUCGUCAUUGUAUAGAGUAGCAGUAGUACUUGUUGGUAUAUAAUACAUGCAGGGAAAAGAG